AUGAAUCCAGAAGAGCAAAUCGUGACAUGGCUUAUAUCCCUGGGAGUUUUAGAUUCCCCUAAAAAAACUAUCUGUGAUCCGGAGGAGUUCUUGAAGUCCUCGCUGAAAAAUGGGGUAGUGCUGUGCAAACUGAUCAACAGACUGAGGCCUGGCUCUGUAGAAAAGUACUGUCUGGAUCCCCAAACAGAAGCUGACUGCAUCAACAACAUCAAUGACUUCCUGAAAGGAUGUGCAGCCCUUCAAGUGGAGGUAUUUGAUCCUGAUGACCUUUAUUCAGGAGUCAAUUUCUCCAAGGUUCUGAGCACUCUUUUAGCUGUUAACAAAGCAACAGAAGAUCAACUAUCAGAAAGACCAUGUGGACGUUCCUCUUCUCUUAGUGCUGCUAAUAGUUCUCAGACAAACCCACAGGGAGCAGUUUCUAGCACAGCUCCAAGGCUGCAAAGGCAGUCAAAGGCAGUGGAGAUGUCUGAAAAUGGAAGUCACCAGUUGAUAGUAAAGGCAAGAUUCAACUUUAAGCAGACGAAUGAAGAUGAAUUGUCAGUCUGUAAAGGGGACAUCAUUUACGUCACUAGAGUUGAAGAAGGAGGCUGGUGGGAAGGCACACUAAAUGGGAGAACAGGCUGGUUCCCUAGUAAUUAUGUACGAGAGAUUAAAUCCAGUGAAAGACCUCUCUCCCCCAAGGCUAUCAAAGGAUUUGAAACUACACCACUUACCAAGAAUUAUUAUUCCGUGGUGUUACAGAACAUAAUAGACACUGAAAAAGAUUAUGCUAAAGAACUUCAGUCUCUUCUUGUUACUUACUUAAGACCCCUGCAGUCCAAUAACAAUCUAAGUACUGUGGAGUUUACAUCUUUAUUGGGGAACUUUGAGGAAGUAUGCACAUUUCAGCAGACACUCUGCCAAGCCUUGGAAGAAUGUUCAAAAUUUCCAGAAAACCAACACAAAGUAGGAGGUUGUUUACUGAACCUCAUGCCUCAUUUUAAAUCCAUGUAUUUGGCUUACUGUGCAAAUCAUCCUUCGGCUGUAAACGUACUCACCCAACACAGUGAUGAACUGGAGCAAUUUAUGGAAAAUCAAGGUGCAUCCAGCCCAGGUAUCCUCAUUUUAACAACAAGCCUCAGCAAACCAUUCAUGAGACUGGAGAAGUAUGUUACUCUUUUGCAAGAGUUGGAACGGCAUAUGGAGGAUACACAUCCAGAUCAUCAAGAUGUUCUGAAAGCCAUCGUAGCAUUCAAAACACUCAUGGGACAGUGCCAAGAUUUAAGAAAACGAAAACAGCUGGAGUUGCAGAUACUUUCUGAACCUAUUCAGGCAUGGGAAGGGGAGGAUAUUAAAACAUUGGGAAAUGUAAUUUUUAUGUCACAAGUAAUGCUACAGUACGGAACAUGUGAGGAAAAAGAGGAGCGGUACCUCAUGUUAUUUUCAAAUGUCUUGAUAAUGUUAUCUGCAAGUCCUCGGAUGAGUGGCUUUAUCUAUCAGGGAAAAAUACCAAUAGCAGGAAUGGUGGUGACUAGAUUAGAUGAAAUUGAAGGGAAUGACUACACAUUUGAAAUCACAGGUCACAUAUUGGAGAGAAUUGUGGUCCACUGCAGCAACAACCAGGACUUCCAGGAAUGGCUGGAACAGCUGUAUAGACUGAUUAGAGGACCUGCCUCCUGCAGUUCAUUAUCCAAGACAUCAUCAUCAUCUUGUAGUGCUCAUUCUUCUUUUAGCUCUACUGGACAGCCCCGAGGACCGUUGGAGCCUCCUCAAAUUAUAAAACCAUGGAGUUUAAGUUGUCUACGACCUGCUCCUCCACUUAGACCAUCAGCAGCACUAGGUUAUAAAGAGAGGAUGUCUUAUAUCUUGAAGGAAUCUAGUAAAAGCCCCAAAACCAUGAAGAAGUUUCUUCAUAAAAGAAAGACUGAAAGAAAGCCAUCAGAAGAGGAGUAUGUAAUUCGGAAAAGUACCGCAGCUCUGGAAGAGGACGCUCAGAUUCUGAAAGUGAUUGAAGCCUACUGUACCAGCACAAAUAUUCAACAAGGACAUGGCUCAAGUUCUCGCAAAGAUUCAGUCCCACAAGUCUUACUUCCCGAGGAAGAAAAACUCAUCAUUGAAGAAACCAGAAGCAACGGUCAGACCAUCAUCGAAGAAAAGAGCCUCGUUGACACUGUUUAUGCCUUGAAGGAUGAGGUGAAAGAACUGAAACAGGAGAAUAAAAGAAUGAAGCAAUGCCUGGAAGAAGAAUUGAAAUCAAGAAGGGAUCUAGAAAAGCUGGUUCGGAGGCUGUUGAAGCAAACUGAUGAGUGUAUUCGGGCUGACUCCAGUAACAAGACCUCCAUUCUUCCAUAA